AGAAUUUAUAGAGAGCCUUCGCCUCCUGGCCUCCCCCACAGCCUGAGUCAAAUGCAUCACUUGCUCUUCAUCUAAUCCAAUUUCCUUAUUUCAUUCGGCACGCCUUUCGCGACAAGCCCCUCUCUCUAUCUCUCUCUCUCCCUUUGUCUGCAAUGCCCACCAAUAGGAGGAAGCUCCGUCUCAACACAGUGACUGUAAACCUUGGUUGCCGUUGUCGGAGGCCGAAACUCUCCGAUAUCUUCAACCCCAAACCCAAAGCCAAAACAACUCCCGUUUGCCGCAGGCCCGAUACGUAUCGUUCCUCUUCAAGCUCAUGGGAAAAGGGUGGCUGCUCCACCGACCAAGACGACACCACCACCACAUUCUCUCCCAACGUAGGCACGUCGUCGGAUUACUCCGAAACCGAUUACGAAGCGAAGAGCUCUAAAAAGGUCCGUGGGUUCGGGAGAAUCGGGGGGGAGAGCAUGGCGGUGGAGAAAGACUCGGACGACCCAUAUCUGGAUUUCCGGCACUCCAUGCUUCAGAUGAUCCUAGAGAAGGAAAUAUACUCGAAGGACGAUCUUAGAGAGCUUCUCAACUGUUUCUUGCAGCUCAACUCGCCCUACUAUCAUGGAGUCAUUGUUCGAGCUUUCACUGAGAUCUGGAAUGGGGUCUUCUCUGUGAGGUCCGCUUCUCCAAAGCCCCAUGGUUCCCGCAAGUCACGUGACUUCUAAAUGCUGCGCACGUGGCCUCCUAAUUUCUAUUAAAAAAAUUUAUAUAUUUAUGUAUGUACAAGUACAAGUGGAUGAAGCUGUGGCCAACGUUGGUGGGAAAAUACAUAUAAAAUCCAAAGGAGGUGGAGUGAUGAUUUGUGGGAGACCGUUGGUUUGAUGCAUUUUAAUGAGUGACAGUCAUGUGUACAGUGUAUUUCAUAUUUGAGACUGACUUUGCCUACAUUUUCCAACACUCUCUCAUUAAACCACCGCUGCCAUUUUCGUUUACUGCUUCCUUCAAGUCCAAUGUUGAUGGGUCCUUUCUCUGAAUGGAUUUCAAUGUUGUUAGGUAUGUUUGCAUUUUGAAUUCGAAUCCAGACCUUUCUCCAAUUUGGCA